AGUGCGGUAGCAGCCCAGUCAUCUAAGAUUCCGGAGAAGGGGUUAGGGGGAUUCCGAAGGCCGUGACAGUCUCAAUAGUUGCGCCGCGGCCCGAGGGGGUGGGCGCGACCAGAGGAACGCAGUGCAGACUGUUUAUCGCCCUGUCGGGACCAGGUAGAGAGGGGAGGCGGAGGCCUGAGGUGAGUGGCCUCGGGCCUGCCGCAGCUGCGAAGGGCUGCUUGGAUGAUGGCAUGCUGAGAAGCCCCCAGAGCCUGGGCCCCCAUGGCAUCCCCAGACAAAGAUGAGGAGUCCUCAUCUCUCUGGGCCUUCCAGACAGAGCCCUGGGAUGCCAUCCUCAAGGCCGUCAGGGAGCAGCUCCCAUCACUGGACUCAGAUUCGUCCUUGUCAGACUGCGGGCCAGAUGAGCUGUUCAUCUUCCAGCGAGAUCAAACUGCCCUGAUCCCAGACUUGUCAGAGGAGCUGGCUGAAGAUCCUGCCAGGCCCUGGCUUGCUACAGCCGAUGGGCCUUCUGAGGCAGGUGUGGUGUCUGUGGAACUCACAGGACGCUGGAGUAAGGGGGGCGCAAAGACAAAGGGUUCUGCCUCUGUGCAAGGCGGGGAUCCUGACGGGCCUGCAGAGAGCUGUGGUGAGACCAGUUCCCUUUGUCGGGUGCCUGCUGACAUCCCCACGUGGGAGGAAGGUGACCAUGGGGCUUUGUCCUUCAGCACCCAGGGUUCCCCCUGGGGGCCACACAGAGAAGCCACCUUCUCCCCCUGGGAAGAUGACCUGAAAACAGAACCCCCAGGUGCUGCCUCACCAGCUGGUUGGAGCACAGACUCCAAAGACCACAGAGCCCCCCGAAGGGAGAGGAGGAAGAUGAUUGAGAAGGACAUACUCCAUAAAGUUACCUGGGAUGCCCACGGCCCAGCCUGCAGUGACCGAAAUCCAGUAGAAGAGGCAAUGGCAGGCCUGAGACCAGAAACGCCCCCAGAGGGGCCCCGGGAAGGACCUCUGGUGCUUUCCCUCAAGGAACUUGAAGAGUGGGACUUGGAUCACAUCCUUCAGAGUCUGGCAGGGCAAGAAGGCGACAGGGGAGAUCACGCACCUAGAGCCACGUGGUGGGCAGCUAACCACCUGGGCCGAGGUCUGACCUUGAAUGCUGGGGCCCGAAUGUAUGCCCACAAGCAGCUCCUUCCAGGCCCUCUCAAUGAAAUAGGGUCAGCCCUGCAGCCCACCAUGUCCUCUCUGCUGCUCAGGCCCCAUGGUCCCAAACACACAGACCACAGCCGGCCGAACUGCCAGGACAGGCUCAUGGAACAGCUCACCCUUCUGUGUGCCGCCCAGUCCCAAGCCCCUUCUGCCGACAUACCCCAGGACACCACGCAGCACGAGGCCAGGAGCAGAUCUGCUGCAGGCAUCCAGGCUGAGCUGGGCCUGGCCCAGAGCAGGCAGCUAAGGAGCCCAGCAGAGCCUCCCACCAUCUUCAUCGAUCUGCGGCCCUCGGAGCCAUCAGAAAGCUCCAGCCCCAGCCCCAGCUCCUUUGACAGCCAGGAGGAGGAAGAGGAGACAGUGGCUCUCAGAGACCAGCAGGGCCCCCCUGAGCAGGAGAGUCCUUCCCCCCGGCGGCUACGGGACUGCACUGGGAAGAGUCAGCUUCUCCAGCAGCUCAGGGCAUUUCGGAAGGAGACGGCUCAGCCCAAUUGGCCUGCCACUGGGGGUCCCAGUGGCCCGAAGGCUCAGGUCCCUGAAGAUCCAGCCAGCUCCGCAACUAGGAGGAAGCAACGUGUACCAGCUUGGGCUGAGCCCCAGAAUAUCCCGGCCAGACGCCCAGGGGGAGGUCCCAGGGCGCUAGGGGACGCUCUUGGGCCAGGGACAGCCAGGGAGGCCCUGGUGCCUCCCCUGAGCCAACCGUAGCUGCCUCCAGGAACCGAAGGGAGGAGGAGCUGGAUGGGAUGAUUCCACUCUCCAUCCACAUGCCCUGGCCCCUGGCUCUCCCUUGUUUCCGUGACAAGGUGCUGCUUCUGCAAGGGGACCCUCGGGCUGCGGGGCAUUCUAUGCACUUAGAGCCAAGACGCCAGAACACAACUGUAUAGAGCGCACGACAACAGCGCCUCUGACUGCGCCUGGGAAGCAGACCCCACAGAGACAGCACGGUCUGUGCCGACAGUGAGACUGUCUGAUUUUUUCUCUCCUGUGUCUGUACCCCCUUUGGUGUGCAUCUUUUAUUGACACCAGGCAAGCUCUUUCUAAAACUAAAACUUCAGUAAAACAUAUUUAGAGAAUUUCAGAGUUGAAAGGGUCUUGCAAGAGAAUCGGGCCUGAUCUUCUGGGUCCCUGGCUGCUUGCUACUCUAUGUGCCUAAAUGAACACACCACACGCUCUCUCUCAAGCACCAAGUGGAUUCUUUGAUAAAGUCGUGAAGGCUUUUCCCUUUCACCACGAUACAAAGGCACACAUCUGUUUUAGGGUCCUUCCAAACUAUGGGUG